GUGCUGAGAUUCCCCGCAGGCGGCCCUCCACAGGCCUCCCCUCUGGCCUUGAAGGCUCUGCUUGUCUUCUCAUCCCGGGAGGAGGGCAAGGCCAUGGGUCUGGCCCUGCUGCUGCCCCUGCUGCUGCCCCUGGCAUCUCUGCAGGCGGGUCACUGGGCAGAACCCAAUCCAAACACUGACUUUGGGAUGAACCAACCGAAGAAACUCUCAGCCCCCAAGGGUGGCUCCGUCCACAUCCCCUUCUCCUUCUAUUACUCCUGGGAAUCAGCCAAGGUUCCCAACGUGAGAAUAUCCUGGAGAUGGAAACACUUCCAUGGGGAGUACAUCUACAAGACGACCCCGCUGUUCAUCCAUAAGGAUUUCAAGGACCGGCUCCUCCUGAACUGGACAAAGGGCAGGGAGCACGGCUCCCUCCAGAUCUCGAAACUGCGGGAGGAGGAUGAGUCUACGUACUUCUGCCGGGUGGAGGUGGACACACAGAGAAUAGGCAAGCAGAUGUGGCAGUCCAUCGAGGGAACCACACUCACCGUCAUCCCCAGUGAGUCCAGCUUUGCUAAGCCAACCACCCUGGACCCCACUACACCUAGCAUCAGGGUCACAGAUGGCAAAAAGAGUUCAGAGUUGUGGUCCCUAAGUAUGGAAACUACAGUUGGGUUGUCAUUGGCCAGCGCUAUGCUCAAAAUCGCGAUUUUGGGAUUGAUCAUGUACCUCAGGUGGAAGAGAAGCAAAGGUAAGUGGUCUGGGACCUCCAACCUCUCCCCAGCAUUCCCAACUAGGUGUUUCUCAGAACCCUCCUGCAUCAGAAUGAUCCAGGUGCCCAUUAAAAAUGCAGAUCCCACAUGUCUGCAGACUAAAGCCAGAACCCCAGCCAGGGGAUCCUUCCAAAACCCGGAGGAGAAAUACGAGGACAUUGGGAAUAAAGGAUAACAUACAGGCCCCAAGCUGGACACCAAGGAUGACGGCAUCGUCUAUGCCUCCCUCGCCCUCUCCAGCUUGACCUCACCAGCAGCGCCUCCCCACCCGCCUCCCCAAGAGGGCCCCCAGGAAGAGACCCUAUACUCUGUCUUAAAGGCCUAAGGAGUGGGACUGAGUGAGGACCUGCUUAGAGUCAGCUGCACACAGGGAUCUCAGUUUCUCAUAAUCACCCUGGACAGACACAGACGACUCAGAAGCCAGCAGGUGUUGAAGGCCACCAAGGACUUGAGAGACACACAGCCACCUGCUCCAGUUCCCUCUUCAACUUCCUAGCCCUUGACCACAAAAAUAA